CGACAACUGUCGGACCACUUCCCCCGCCGGAUAAAUUGGACAGUGUCCUAUCACUGCUCUUUGCUUACGGAUGCGAGAGACAGGGUAAAUAUAUAAACACUCAUAUUUGUACAAAGUUGGAGUCACUGCUUAAAAGGAGCUCUUACCAUUUAAGUGCAGCAUCCUCUUAAUCGACAUGUUUGUUAAGGUGACGAUGGGCAUCAUUCCAUCCAAUUCAGAUUUUUCACUCACCGAAGCCCAGAAGUCUCAAUUUCUUGAGCACGGCUUCGUCAAGAUCCCACAAUGUUUUACGCGAGACCAAGCAGCCGAGUUCACUUCUACAUUGUGGACUCGGCUUGGUAUGGAUCCAAAUGAUAAGGAAACUUGGACAGCUGAGAGGACAAAUAUGCCAUGGCAUCGCCAUAUUCCUGUGUCGGAGUUUGCACCUAAAGCUUGGGCUGCUAUGUGUGAACUUCUUGGUGGCGAGGAGAGGAUUUCGGACAGUCCUGAAUUUAGGGGGUGGAGUGAUGGGUUCAUUGUUAAUCUUGGAAAGGAUGAGUACAGCUCUGAUGAUGAUUUGGAUUUGAGAUCGCUGGAUGGCUGGCAUAACGAUGGAGAUUUCUUCGUCCACUUCCUCGAUAGUCCUGAGCAAGCUCUGCUUGUCAUUCCGCUCUGGAGCGAUAUUGAAUCCAAAGGAGGUGGGACAGCUAUAUGUGGCGAAGGAAUCAAGCACAUCGCCAAACACCUGUAUGAUCAUCCCGAGGGCACUAAUCCUUGGAUGCGAUCCACUCUCGAUCCUACCCACAGCACUUACGAAGGUCGUGAAUACUGGCAAUCCCUCGCCUGGGACAAAUCCAAGAUUCCCGACUCUGCUUUCCAAGAAGCUACCGGCGAGAUCGGAGACGUCUACCUCCUUCAUCCUCUGAUGCUACAUUCCGUGUCAAGAAACUUACUUCGCAUACCGAGAGUCAUCACCAAUCCACCUGUCUCGCUUAAAGAGCCGUUUUGUUUUGACAGAGAAGAUGAGAGCCGGUAUAGUCUUGUGGAAAAGAAGACUUUGAGAGAUCUGGGGAUGGAGGGUGGUUUGAAGGGAUGGAAGAUCACGAGCGAGAGAAAGCCGUGGGUUUCGGAGAGGAUUAGAAAGGUAGAGGAGAUGAAGAGGCUGGAGUUGGAAAGGCUUGGUGGUAUGAGUAAGUAGUGAGAUGGAUCACCUUACCGAAAUCAUUCUCGAACUUUGUAUUCCUAUUCUGACAAUCUCUUACAUUAUAAAUCUGCUGUGCAUUCCCUUUAGCAUUAAAUAUUUUACAUUCUUCG